AUGGCUCUGGGAAGCGAGGGUGCUGAUCGAACCACUCCCAAGAUUUUCAUUGGAGGGGAGUCGCUACAGACAGCAGUGCCGAUUAUCACGUGGUACAAAGAGGAGAUAACCACCCGGAAUGAAGGAUUUGAGUUUGGCCCAAACUUCUCGCUGUUAUUUGAGCAUCCUGGGAUAUCAGAUACCGGGAGAUACCACUGCAGGGUGUCGAAUCAUCAAGGGAUCCUCAGCUCAAACCAUACGGAUCUUACAGUGUUAGUUCAAGAAUCAGAUGAGGUUGACAAAGUUGAAGCCGGAGAUGACGAUACUUAUCUUCGGGUGACCCAGUGUGAAAGAGACCAGUUUGAUCAGGAUUCACCAUGUAUCAUCAAAGUCCACCCAGACCAGGACAUCCUGGAACUUGAUUGCAUCGUAGAGGGCGCCCAUCAACCUGUUCUUCUCACCUGGCAUCAUGCGGGUGCACUCCAUAUUUCCCUGAACACCACAUCUUCCAGAGAGAAAAUACUGGAAGAUGGAACAUAUCUAAAGAAAAUUUCUCUGAGAUUGCAGACUGAAGAGAUGGGAUCGGAGCGAAAACAGUUUAUCUGCUUGGCUCAAGGUCCCAACGCUACGAAGACCGUAAACGUCACUAUCAUGACUAUUCAAUUUGAACCAGGAAUGCCUGAAGAAGAGCAAAACACGAAACAAAUGAACAUGAUGAAAGAAAAGCGAGAAAAGGUUUUGGCCUACAGACCCCAGAACAAGACCACGCCUACUUCAGGUGAAAUGGAGGAACCUCCGCCCGUACACCUGGGUGUCUUCGGCCUAUCACGAGCUGGAAAGUCUGCCUUCAUUAAUUCUUUGUACUUUGCUUUGAAAGGUAGGCCUAUGACAGGUUUGGAAUGA